ACAGCAUACUCAGUUCAACACUCGAUCAGUUCACAAGUGCAUUCGCUUGUCACCAGACGAACCUUUCAAGUUCAACUUUGAAUCGCACAGUUUGCGUUUAGAUUUUCCUACGAAUAACACUACCUACAGUGUGCCGUGUUCAGUGUGCCACAGUCCAAUCAAAGUAACCAGUGAAAAUGCAUUCCCACGGAUACAACGUUGCCCACAGCAACAACAGCAUCAACGAGAACAAGUACAACAACGAGAAGCUGAUGAAGUCUUCGCCAGUGUACAAGUUAAAGAAGAUCCUGAAGCCGAUCGCAGCGCUGCUUAAGCAAAAGAAGGCCACCAAGCAGCAGCAGCAACAGCUCCAACAAUACUACGCUGCUCCUGGGGAGGACUUCACCCAGGAUUGCGAGUACGACAACAGUGCCAACGAGCGGCUGGAGUCGCAACUGUUGGCGGAAAUCGCCGAGUGCCAUGCCAACGCAGCCAUCUUUGUCUACGAGGACAACCAGGUUCAGCUUCAGCCAGUGCAACCCGAGGAACAGUACGUUCCAGUGCACUUUGCCCGCACCGAGGCCGGAACCUUCUUCUGGACCACGAUGGCCCGGGAAGCUGACAGCGAUCUGAUUCAACCGUGCCACUGCUUCUCCGAUCACCAGCUCCCACAGCAGGAGUUUUGCGAUAGAUGGGCGCAAGCUUAAGUGACGCAAGUCACAACCCACCACCUCAAUCAAACCGGAUUUUGCGACGAAAUUUGGCUGAUGGAGGAAAAAAAAAACAAAAAUCCUACAACAAAAUCAUGAUCUCUUCCAACGAUUUUUAGUGCUUAAGCGGAACCGAGCUUUAAUAGUUGUCUAAGUUUGCCAGCUUUAAUUUUAAUUGUGAUAUUAGAAAUCUAAGGCUACUUGUGAUCCAAUGUCUUCCAUUGAAUAGUUUUUCUCAAAAUACAGAAA